AUGAAGGCGACAGCGCAAGCUCCACGACCUGACACCAUCGAGGAUUGGUUUCUUCUAGUUCCACAUCUGCUCUCAGAGGAGGGUUGGCAGAAACUCGUCCAGAAGCCUUCCUCCGCACUCCUGCAAUCCAGCAGUCCUUGGGGUGACACUUUGAUCAAGUACGUGCUUCACGACGUUGUGGUCCUACAUCCUCCAGAAGAUCCCGCCUACUUGUUGGUCCGGCCAGAAACAAGAGCGUGGAGCUGUGCCUGCGAGCCUGAUCCAGCAAAUUUGGAAGAGAUUCGUGAAGUAAGAGAAAUCCUCGGUCCAGGGGCAUGCUUCGAGAAGUACUGGACGAACUGGCCAUGGAUCCGGCUUUGUGACAGUUUGUUUGGCAUCCUACACUCGCAACACCUGUGUGGCAACCUAUGUUUUGGGCAUACAGCACUGCCCGUGACAACAAUUGAGCGGGUAAGACGGAACUUGCCAGAGAAGGGUGACUGCUCUCUCACUUGGAGCGAUCAAAGCAACCCUUUGGUGUGCACGUUGCUUUGUCGCAUGCAUAAGACUGGGAACUACACGAUGCAUUUUGUCAUGGGUACCUUAGCACCCUUCCAGAUGCCCGUUUGGGCAGCUGAUGCUCUUCGACUCGUAUUAGAUGCCUUCAGAAGCCAGGCUAUUUGCUACUUGAACAGGCCACAGCUUAUCCUGGAGCGGGAGAGGGAUAGGACGCUCUACAUGGUGCUCAACAUGACCAGCUUUGGCAGCAGGCCACCUAUGAUCCCUGCUCUGGGUGAGGAGACGAGCGUCACGGGGCAGCCGACCAACAUCGAGGCUGGCAACGAGUUGGGGCUCUCAACGUGGGUUGCUUACGACCCCGCCAUGAUGGGCAAUGAUGCGUUCCGCUUGUCGGAGUACCUCUGCCUGUUCUUCCGAAGAAUCAGUGUGCAUGUACACACGUAUCAAUCUCUGGAUGGGCAAGAGUUGCUGCCGUAUCAGUGUGUGGUGCCGCGGGAGGAAUGGUACAUGGCCAGAGACCGCUUCAAGGCAACAUUUGCUCUACAGAAAACUGCGUACCGGCGUGCCAACGGUGGAUCAACACCGAGGUUGGUCGAGGACGGCACACCACGCUUUUGUCGUGAAGUGGUCGCAAGCUGUCAGAAUCAGGCUAAACAUGAAACGGACUUCUGUGAGCUAGUGGUGCACAAGACCUUCCUCGAACUCCCAGACGACGUGGGACUUGGCAUGGGCUUUCAAGAUAGAAGACGCUGUCGCUCAGUAUCACCUGUUCGCUAA